UUGUUCAAGCCGGGUAGGAGCUCUGCUCCAGUUUGGGCUUUUCUUAAAUAACUUCCUUGGUCCGACACACCAGGGAACAUGGCUGGGCGCUUCGGUCUCCGUCGCUUUACAUGGAGCAACCCUAUGUACUUGCCGGACCCUCAUUUGGACGAGGAAUACGAGGAUGUUGACCGGGAAAAGCAGCGCAAAAUAGUGAAGAAGCGAAAAGCCUUCAACAUCAAGGCGAUGUUUGCCAGCCUAAUCGUCUUGCAGAUUCUCGUCCUUGCAGUCACCAUUGUACUUCUAUGGAAAGCGCUGGACACAUCGGUGGCAACAAAACUAUCAGAAUCCGGUGCAAACUGGUGUGCAGACGAGCCCUGUGACCACGGAGUGUGUCUAGAAGCGGUCGAUGGCUUCUACUGUGUGUGUAGAGGUGGAUGGGAGGGAGAGUUCUGUGAAACAGAUGUGAACGAAUGCAAGACCAUUGGAUGCCACCCCCUAGCGACAUGCAACAAUACUGCAGGAAGUUACAUCUGCGAAUGCCAUGAAGGGUACGAGGGUGAUGGAAUAGAGGCGUGUACAGACGUAGAUGAAUGUGAAGAUGAGGACAUCUGUGGACCGAAUUCAAUCUGCACUAACACCAUAGGCAGCUACAACUGCAGCUGUAUUGAAGGCUACAGACUCUCCAAUGGCACAGAGUGUGAAGACAUAAACGAGUGCCUGACCUCUCCCUGUCACGACUUUGCUGACUGUACAAAUCUUCCCGGGAACUACAGCUGUGCAUGUAAAGCCCAGUACAGGGGAGACGGGAAGGUAUCGUGUAAAGCAAAUUCAUCCGGGGAUGGGUCUAAGAUAUUGGUAGCGGCAGGAAAUCCGACAGGAACUGACCGGGCUUCCAAUAAUCUAGAGGUGUAUUCCCUUCCUGGAGGUAUAACGGUUCGAACUGCAGAAAGCGCACCGAACUAUACUUACUGUGCUCAGUCUAAAAACUGUAAAUGGGAUGCGAACUACCACAGCAUAGUCACAGGUUUAGAUUUGCAAACAUGGCAUCAUGUAGAAAUGAACCUUACCGCCAUGCCUAUAGAUUAUAUGGACCAAUGGCAAUAUAGAGUAGACGGGAUGCACACAUUUACGGGAGGGGCUUACUUCCAGACAGCUCGCUAUGACAAUGGUUGGAACUACGAGUAUGUAAAUAGGCUAAAGUUCCAACCAAGACAUGCAAAUUUUGAUGCUAGCUUCCAGGGUUUUUUCUUCGAUGACAUUCACUAUGGAGUAUUUGAUUCCACCUCAUCCGAGAAUGUCAUCGAAGAAUACUGCGUUUCCUUUGAGGAAUAG